UCCUGGUGGGGGGAAGGGGCGGGAACGGUUCCAAAAGGACACGGAGUUCUCCAAUGGCGGCGGGAUGCCGAAUCAUCGCUUCUGCUGUUUCUCAGACACCCUGAAGGCGAAACACGCAUGCAGCUGUGCUGGAGAACACACAAGAGUGACAUUUAUAACCAGCUGCAAUGAAUAUCAGAUGAAUUAUCAGCUCGUGGUGUCUCACUGUGACGGAACACGCGUAACCUGAAGGCUCUGAGCCUUAGUGUUUUUAAAGAGAUCCAGCAGAAGGCCACACGACACAGAAGCAGCAAGACAGAGAACCAGGACGAGACACAAUAUUAACCUGGAAUACAGAGAACAUGUAGCUGUCUCACCUACAUCACUGUCUCCAGAACUCACCGGUCUCACCUACAUCAAUGUCUCCAGAGCUCACCUGUCUCACCUAUAUCACUCUCUCCAGAACUCACCUGUCUCACCUACAUCACUGUCUCCAGAACUCACCGGUCUCACCUAUAUCAGCGUGUCCAGAACUCACCUGUCUCACCUACAUCACUGUCUCCAGAACUCACCGGUCUCACCUAUAUCAGCGUGUCCAGAACUCACCUGUCUCACCUACAUCACUGUCUCCCGAACUCACCUGUCUCACCUACAUCACUGUCUCCCGAACUCACCGGUCUCACCUAUAUCAGCGUGUCCAGAACUCACCUGUCUCACCUACAUCACUGUCUCCAGAACACAUCCUGUCUCACCUACAUCACUGUUUCCAGAACUUACCGGUCUCACCUACAUCACUGUCUCCAGAGCUCACCUGUCUCACCUUCAUCACUGUCUCCAGAACUCACCUGUCUCAUCCACAUCACUGUCUCCAGAGCUCACUUGUCUCACCUACAUCACCGUCUCCAGAGCUCAUCUGUCUCACCCACAUCAAUGUCUCCAGAACUCACCGGUCUCACCUACAUCAAUGUCUCCAGAGCUCACCUGUCUCACCUACAUCAAUGUCUCCAGAACUCAGCGGUCUCACGUACAUCACUGUCUCCAGAACUCACCUGUCUCGCCUACAUCACUGUUUCCAGAACUCACCUGUCUCACCCACAUCAAUGUCUCCAGAACUCACCGGUCUCACCUACAUCAAUGUCUCCAGAGCUCACCUGUCUCACCUACAUCAAUGUCUCCAGAACUCACCUGUCUCAACUACAUCAAUGUCUCCAGAACUCACCUGUCUCACCUACAUCACUAUCUCACUGUUCUGUCUAUACCAAAAUCCUUUAACUGUCUCAAUUUUCUGUCUAUACCACAAUCCUUUACCUGUCUCACUGUUCCAUCUCUCCCACAGUCCUUCACCUGUCUCACUGUUCUGUCUAUCCCACAGUCCUUCACCUGUCUCACUGUUCUGUCUAUCCCACCAUCCUUCACCUGUCUCACUGUUCCGUCUAUCUCAAAAUCCUUUACCUGUCUAUACCACAUUCCUUUACCUGUCUCACUGUUCUGUCUAUCCCACAGUCCUUCACCUGUCUCACUGACCCAUCUAUCCCACAGUCCUUCACCUGUCUCACUGUUCUGUCUAUCCCAGUCCUUCACCUGUCUCACUGUUCUGUCAAUUCCACAAUCCUUCACCUGUCUCACUGUUCCGUCUCUCAAAAUCCUUUACCUGUCUAUCCCACAAUCCUUUACCUGUCUCACUUUUCUGUCUAUCCCACAACCCUUUACCUGUCUCACUGUUCUGUCUAUCUCACAAUCCUUUGCCUGUCUCAUUGUUCCAUCUUUCCCACCGUCCUUUGCAUGAUAUUUGCAGGAUAUUCAGCUCUUUACUCCGGCACUGGUCCUGUAUAUUUAUCCAUCACGCACACCUUCAUUGCUACCAUUUACCUCCGGGCCAAUUUAUUCCUUCUCUCGCUCUACCUUCUGUCCUUUGCUCCUUCUCAUCUCAUCUUCUCGUCUCUUUAUUUGUCCCUCGUUCCACGCGUCACUCACCUGUUCG